CCAAAACUGGCUCAACUUUAAUGAAUUUAAUGCUUCUAGAUAACCCAGAGCAUCAAAGAUGUGCUCUUUAAUUCCUUGCUUUUGCUCAUUUCCAGCCCUCUCUAAACAGGAGUACACAUGAGGACUUCACAUUAUAGAAGAAUGGUGAAGAUUUCUUCAAAUCUCAUUUUUAAAAUAAGGAUUCUUUCUUAUUUCUCAAUAUUUAAACAGGAUUAUUUAACUCUUCAUUGAAGUGCUGUCUCCUCCUCCAGUGGAAGACUUUACCAUGUGCUCCAGAGAUGUUAAACUCCCUCUGAGCUGAGGGAGAAGGCUGGAAAGUGAAGAGUGGAGGUGCCAGGCAAUGUCUAUCUGCCAGACUGGACUGGAGAAAGCUGGAAUGAGCUAAGGUGGCUUUGGAUCUCUCAGCCCUCCUUCAGGCUCCCUCCAAGUGCUUCUGCCCCUGAACACACAGGACAUUCUGCCCUAGGACUAAAAGAGGACACAGAUGGGUUCAUUGCUUUCAAGGCCCCAUUUUGUCCUGUCCUGGCUCUAUUUACUAUUUUUUACUGUUACAUGAGGGUGGACACUGUGCAAGAACUGUCCCUGGUGGAUGAACCUCCUGGGCUGAGCUGUGGAGUUUGACCUGGAUGAUGCCAUUCCCAAAGUGCAGCUCCUCAAGGACAAACAGCAAACAUUUGUCACCGAGUGCUUUGAGCAGGUCAUUGGCCUGGCAGGGUGGCUCCACUGAGGCCUUGUGGUGCCUCCUGCCGACCCACCCUCUGGACAAAGCUGUCCAAAGCCAUGACCAGCAGGGAGGAUGGAGCUGGCAAAGGAGCUGUUUGAGGUGAUGAAGGUCAGUUCUUCCACGAGCAGGAUGGACAAGUGGUCACUGUGCCUCUGAGCCGGUGGGACAGCUGCAGGUUCCACAGCAGCAUCCUCUCCCAAGAACUAGGACUUUCUCAGUUUUCCAAGCCCUUGUUAAUGAGGAAGGGACGCCCGAAUCCUGACGGUGCCAUUCCUGGCAGAUAGUCCUCCCGGCCGCCAGGGGGCGCCCGCCGCGCCCGCCGGAACCACCGAGAGCGGCGCGCGCCGCCCGCCGCCCGCGUGUGUCCGCCCACGUGACAGGGAGGAGCUCCCCAUUGGCCGCGCCGGCGGGGCCGGGCGCGCGCACCCGCGGGUGGCGCUCUCCAUCCCCUGUCCGUCCCCUGUCCGUCCCGCCAUGGAGGCCCUGCUGAGGAGGUGCCGUGUCCCGGCGCUGGCCGCCCGUCAGUGCGGGACCAGGGCCCGGCACGGCGGCUCCCCGGGCAGGGCCAGGCGCCUGCUGCUCUCGGAGCUCUUCCAGCCGCUGGCGCUGCCCGUGGGCGGCCAGGCAGGGCCCGAGGGCCGGCCCGGGGAGCCCACCUGCCGCAGCCAGCGGCUGAUGCUGCAAGCGGGGCUCAUCCAUCCCACCAGCCCCGGCUGCUACUGCUACCUGCCGCCCACCGUGCGCGCCAUGGAGAAGCUGAUCAGGGUGAUGGACCAGGAGAUGCAGGCCGUGGGCGGGCAGAAGCUGAACCUGCCCAGCCUGUGCUCGGCCGAGCUGUGGCGCGCCAGCGGCCGCUGGGACCAGAUGGGGCCGGAGCUUUUCCGCCUGGUGGAUCGGCACAACCACGGCUACUGCCUGGGCCCCACGCACGAGGAGGUGGUGACGGCGCUGGUGGCCUCGCAGAGCGGCCUGUCCUACAAGCAGCUCCCGCUGCGCCUCUACCAGGUCACCAGGAAAUUCCGGGACGAGCCCAAGCCGCGCUUCGGUUUGCUGCGCAGCCGGGAGUUCUACAUGAAGGACAUGUACACCUUUGACAGCUCCGAGGAGGCGGCCCGGCGCACCUACGAGCAGGUGUGCGCCGCCUACUGCCGCCUCCUCACCCGCCUGGGGCUGCGCUUCGUCAAGGUGCGGGCGGCCACGGGCAGCAUCGGCGGCACCACGUCCCACGAGUUCCAGCUCCCGGCGGACGUCGGCGAGGACCGGCUGCUGCUCUGCCCUCAGGGACAUUUCGCAGCCAACGUGGAGACGCUGAACGGAGAGCAAACCUCGUGCCCCGCGUGCGGGGAGAAGCUCACCGAGACCAAAGGGAUCGAGGUGGGGCACACCUUUUACCUGGGCACCAAGUACUCCUCGGUCGCCAACGCCGUCUUCUCCUCCGCCGAGAACAAGCCGCAGCUGGCAGAAAUGGGCUGCUACGGCCUGGGCGUCACUCGCAUCCUGGCGGCCGCCAUCGAGGUGCUCUCCACCGAGGACAGCAUCCGCUGGCCCAGCCUCAUCGCUCCCUACCAGCUCUGCUUCAUCCCCCCCAAGCGGGGCAGCAGGGAGGAGCAGGGGGCAGUGCUGCUGGAGCAGGUGUACGAUGAGCUGGCUGAAGCACUGCCCCACCUGGCUGGCGACUCGGUGCUGGACGACCGGACCCAGCUGACCAUCGGCAAAAGGCUGAAGGAUGCCAAAAGGCUGGGCUAUCCCUACGUGGUUGUAGCUGGGAAGAGGGUCUGCGAGGACCCCCCGGUCUUUGAGGUUUGGAAUCAGAACGCCAGCGAGGUUUUGUUCCUCACCAAAGAAGGGAUCAUAGAGCUGCUGAGUAAAGUGCAAGUCCCUUAAA